AUGUAUCAAGAUGAUUACUCAUCGAUAACGUCUGAUUUAGAUAUUCAUAGUAUUCAAGUAAUUUAUCUCAGUGUAUUCUUUGCACAUAAUAAACUUGGAGCUGCAUUUUAUGAUUCGACUUCAGCAAUUAUUUAUUUCAUUCCGGAUGUUGAAGAAACAUCACGUUUUGAUAUUACUCAACAGAUUUUAACUGAUAUUCAACCAUCAAUAGUUAUUUGUUCAGCUAAAACAAGUGAUGAAUAUUAUAAAGCUUUAAAUGAACAUCUUAACAUGCAAACAGUUGAUCCAAAUAAUAUUUCAACAAAUACGAAAUUACAACUUGUACCACAAGCUUAUUUUCAUAAAGAUACUGUUGAAAGAACAAUUCUUACACUUAAAUCACUUUAUCCAUUAACUUGUGAUACUGAUGAAAAAAAACGAGCUUAUAUUUCAGCAAAAAUGCCUUUUAAUAUACCAAAUACUUUAAGUGCUAUUGGUGGUCUUUUACCAGUUAUUGAAGAACGUUGUCCAGCUUUGUCAUAUGAAUUUGAUUUUCUUGCUGGAAAUAUUCUUGCUUUACGUCCAUAUGAUCUCAACGCUUUAAUGAUAGUUCAUCCAUUUACUUUUCGUGCUUUGGAAAUUUUUAAUCCUAGCUUUCAUCCAUCGAUAUAUAAAGCUAAUACGACAAAUAAUCUUCGAGAAGUCAAUAGUCUUUUUGCUUUUUUAAAACGAUGUGUAUCAUCGAUUGGAAAUCGUAAAUUGAGAUCAUGGUGUCUUAAACCAUGUCGAUCACCGGAAAUAUUACAACGUCGAUAUGAUGUUGUACAAUUUUUUCUUGAUCCAAAUCAAUAUGAAUUAUUAAGAACAUUACGUGAUCAUUUAAAACAAAUUGUUAAUAUCCCACCUUUACUUCGAAAAGUAUUUGAUCAAAAUACAAAAAUAUCUGUAUGGAAACAAAUUAUUGAAUCAAUGCGAGCAACACUUCGAAUUCGUAUGGCUUUAGUACCAUUUCGAAUGAAUACAAAUUUUUUUGAUGAUUUUUGUUCAAAACUUACUGAUGAUUUACCAAGAUUAAUGAAUAUUAUUGAAACAAGUGUUGAUUUACAACGAAGUGUACGCGAUAAUCGUAUUAUAUUCAUUGAUCCAACUGAUCCAGAUCUUGAACACUUACGACAAGAUCUUAUUCAAUUAAAUGAAAAACUUCAUCAACAAGCUGAAUUUGCUAAUAAUCUUUUAUUACAAUGUGGCAUUGAAUCAAGUUGUGCCUUGACUCAAGAUAAUGGAGUUUUAUUAAUUAAAGGAGAUAAAUUUCAUCAUGAUGAUCUUAUUUGGAAUGAUCGACAAGGACAAAUUUGGCGAUGUCAUACUCGUGAAAUGAAUGUAACAACAGAAGAAGCUGAAGAAAAACGAAAACAAUUAUUAGCUAAAGAAUUAUCUAUUAAACGACAUCUUUCAUUAGCCCUACGUGAUGGUGCUGAAUUGUUUGUUGAUGCAACUGAAUUUUGUUCACAACUUGAUUGUUUACUUUCAUUUGCAUUAAUUGCUUAUGAACAAAAUAAUUAUACACGACCUGAAUUAAUAGUCAAUAAUCGAAUUGAAAUUAUCGAUGGAAAACAUCCAUUAUUACCAAUUACGACAGUUGUUCCAAAUAGUUAUAUAAGUGAUGCAAAUCCUAAUCAAGCUAAUAUACAUAUUCUAACUGGCUUUAAUUGUUCUGGAAAGACUAUUUAUAUAAAACAAAUUGGACUACUCGUUUAUAUGGCUCAUAUUGGACCAUCUUUAAUAUGUGUUUCAUUGAUGAUUAAAGGUUGUUUUGUACCAGCUAAUAAAAUGCGACUUGGUUUAAUGGAUAAAUUAUUUGUUAAAAUUCAUACUGAUACUCAUCUGACAAUGGGAGUAUCAAAUUUUUUGCGUGAUUUAUUUGAAACAUCAUUUGCUGUUGCCGGUGCUACUGGUCGAUCAUUAGUAUUGAUUGAUGAAUUUGGUAUUGGUACAAAUGAGAUUGAUGGUACAGCAUUAUUAGCUUCACUUAUAACACUAUGGUCUAAAUCAGAACAAGCAUGUCCACAUGUCAUAAUUUCUACUCAUUUUCAUGAUCUUAUUCAACAACGUCUUGUAUCAGCAAGUUCAAAAAUUCGUUGUAAAACUAUGGAAACAAUGUAUGACGAUGAUGGAAAACUUGUAUAUUUAUAUCGUGUUAUUGAUGGUUUAUGUACUCGUAGUCAAGCAUUUAGUGCUGCAUUAACUGUAGGCCUACCUGAUAGUGUUGUUCGACGUGCAAAUGAGUUACUUGAUAAAAUCGAAAAUAAUCAAGGACUUCAUUCGAUUCGAAAUUUUACUGAUAUGGAAGAGUAA